CCUCAUUAGGUCUAACUUGAUGUUUGGGCGGUUGGGACGGAAAGACAAGUUUCCAUGUAGCCUCAUUCACUUUCUCAGUAUUUCCUCAGACGGAAGUACAGGUGCCAAGUGGAGCACACGCCUUAACAAUGGUGCUUAAACAGUGUCAUUCGCGUUUCAAUGGUUUUCGAGUCAACCACACGGAAAAGUGGUACGACCUUUCUCAUAAUCAAGACACCAACUUUGCCCCAGCUCAGCCCUCGUCUAGCUCGGCAGCAUCACCGGGUGUACAGUGCGUCAUCACUCCGGCUUUUGGCGGCUGGGAAAAGCCGCUAUGGGGAAGGAGACGAACUCCGGGACUGAAGGUUAUGCAUCUCUCUGCAGUGACACACAUUUCCGGAAGAGAGCUGAGUACCUCCAUCAGAAACUUCCAGUACGAUUUGAAAGCAUUCGAACCAAAGUCUGAAGGCGGGAAGCGUUUUUUUGACACGCACGCGGUGGUCCGACUCUUUGAAGAAAACGGCUUCACUACUCAGCAGGCUGAGGUGUUGGUGAAGAUACUGUUGAGGAUGACAAACUCUAACAUGGACGUCAUCUACAAUGACAUGGUAACCAAAGUGCAGCAGGAGAUCAUGUUGCAGCGUGUCAUGUCUCAAAUUGCGUCUGUAAAGAAGGACAUGAUCAUCCUCGAGAAGAGCGAGUUCUCUACUUUACUGGCAGAGAACGAGAAACUCAAAAUCCAGUUACUGCAGCUCAAAGUCCAGCUGUGUGAUGUCAUGAAUAAAGUGCGCUCAGACACAAUUUUAGACAUGAAUUUGGAGAAAAGUCGUGUAAAAGAAUUGAAAGCAGAGCAUGAGAAGAUGCUUCUGGAGACGCGAACUGAAAUUAUGGAGAUGACUGCAGAGCAAGAUCGUCAUUUAACUCAGGUUAACAUGAAAAUAGACACCGAAGUGGCUGGUUUGAAAACCAUGUUAGAGUCUCAUAAGCUGGAUACCAUAAAAUACCUUGCAGGUUCAGUGUUCACCUGUCUCACUGUGAUCCUGGGUUUCUAUCGUAUUUGGAUGUGAGCAAGACUAUGACUUUGAUUUUCACAUAACCCCUGGUAACACUUGAACUUUCAAUGAACCAUGUUAAUCUAACAAAUCUCUUUCACAUCGGAAAGUUUGCAUUUGUUAGUGUAAUCUUAUUCCAUCAGAUGCAAAGAAUUUAUUAAGUGGAGUUGUUGUUUAUUGCUGCUGGAAACAUGGUCGAUAACUAUACUCAUUAAAAGUCAAAUUUUAGAUGGGAAUUUAUGGCCCAUUAAAGAAACUCUCUGUUUAAAAAUGUUUUUUAUCCAGAUAAAGCUGUUUGAAACUUAGACUUUUUAAAAAUGUGUUUAUCUUGUAUAUGUGUGUAACAAGCUGCAGAUACUCGAGAGAAGAUCAAGAGAAUGAGCGGGUCGGUGUGAAGCCAACGUGACUAAUUAACUGAUGUUAUUCGAAUAAAAUAUAUUGUCAACCAGUGUGAACUUUGUGCCAACAAAUGAAGUAUCUCUUUCUGUUGAUGGCUCUGUGUAAUAAUCCUUUAUGUAUGUGUAUCGCAACUCAGUGAGCUGGAAGUGUGUUUGCUACUUACUAUAUGUACUACUAAAAUACAGUACUGAAAAAUCA